UGGAAUAUUUUAAUUAUUUUGUAUUUUUACAUAAAAAUCGCAUUUUAAUAAAAGUUUUAAAAUGACGAGAGAGACUAUCUCUGGGCGAACGGAACCGGAAAGCUUUUAAUUGAAGCGAACGGUUAUCGGGUUCCGCACGAAUUUAAGGGCAGUAGUAAUAAGAAAAAGAAUUGUUUUCUCUUUAUCCACGGCGAGUUUUAUUUUUCUGUUGAUACAGGCAGCUGGAAUAACUGGAUCACUGGAUGGCCAAUCAAUGAGUUUGAAAUAUGACAGAUGGGUACUGUUUAGUACACUACCUUUUGGCUGUAUAUUAUCAUUCGACUUGUCAUCGUAAUAUCCGAUUCUGAAACUUCUUGAAGACUUGAAAUGAGUGGCUCCUUUAGAAUAGCAGUAUGGGAUCCUCCUUUGAUUCUAUCACAAAUCGUCGCAGUGCAAUGCAUCAUGUAUGUCUCACUCGGAUUAUGGAUUAUAGUACUCUUGAAUUUUCUUGCUGGACAUCCUGUUUCAAUUGAUUACAUAUUUAAAUAUCAGGAAGUAAAUGUCAAAGAUGUCAGUGGACGUUUAGUUGUUGCUUGUUUCCUGUUGAACUCUCUAAUAAGUGCUACAUCUCUUUGGGCUAUCGUCCAAAGAACGAAACUAUGUUUGGAUUUCAGUGCCACAGCAUUCUUUUUGCAUUUAGUUGCAUCCCUCAUUUAUAACUCAGGAUGGCCAUAUUCUGCUUCGUGGUGGGUCUUACAGUUUUCCUGUGUUACUAUCACCUGUGUUCUAGCAGAGUUUCUCUGCAUGCGUUCGGAAAUGAAAUCAAUUCCACUGGGGAUGUCUGCAAGGGUAGAUCUCUAACUCUAAUGAAAAAGGGAAGAGCAAUUUUGGUCUGACAUAAAAUGUAAAUCUGUAAAUAAAUGUGUGAUCAUUUUACACCUCAA